ACACCUGCGUGCAGGUGCAAGGCAGUCUGGGCAAUAUCCACACGGACACGUCUAGACGCACACUGGGCCCAGUCUGUUCUCGCUGAAGACAUGGCCAGCAUAGACGUACUGAGCACCAGGUUUUACUUUAAUGACAAGAUGUACAGCCAUGAUUUACGAGAACAAAGCUUUGCCGACUGGCCAUUUAGAGAGGAAUGUAACUGCACACCUGAAAAGAUGGCCAGCGCCGGGUUCGUCCACUGCCCCAGUGAGAACGAGCCUGACGUCGCCUGCUGUUUCUUCUGUCUGAUUGAGCUUGAGGGCUGGGAGCCGGAUGAUGAUCCCUGGACUGAACAUGUAAAGCGCUCCCCUAACUGUGGAUUCUUAACCAUGAACAAAGACUUCAUUGAACUGACUGUGGCUGAGUUCUUCUGCAUGGAGAAGGAGAGGCUCAAGGUCUACUUUAGAAAGGUUUGGCAUAAGAAGAUGGCAUAUUUGCGGGAUGACAUAGACCAAACGCUUGAAGGCCUUAAAUCUCAGUUGGACAUAUGACUCAAAUUCUUCCAUAUGACUCAAAUUGUACAUUUAUUGCUCCACUCAGUAGUUUAAUGCAACGCCAGUUUAAAUCAAUAAAGUUUUGAGGAAUAUCAUGCUUUGGUUGCUGUAUUGUGUUCAACCACAAGAUGGAGCUUUAGCACUAAAAGCUACAGGGUUCUCAUAUUACAGUGAGUUACCAAUCUUACACUCACAGUCACAACCUUCACAAAGGCAGUCUGAAAUUGAAAGCGCACAUUGAGCAGGAUUACAAUGUGUACUAUAUUCCCCCCUUUCAACCAAAUACUUACCAUUUUCCCCCGAACGUGCCACCACCUCUACCACCUCUUUUCAAACCUUGACCCUGGACAGAUGGCCUGAAGCCCCUCCCUUUCAAUACCAACUGUUGCCCCAGGAACAUCUGUUACAUAUAGGGGGACAGUGAGCGCCGAGAGGGCUCACCAGGACACUUGCCUUGCCCUGUGACGAGGACUGAGACGUAGGGAAACACUGGAGGAUGCUGCAGCAGACAA